CACUGGUCGUAAAAGCCAUACAAGCACAUAAAUAUCUAUUCUGAUCUCGUCAGCACGGUCGAGAGUAAUCGUACCAUAUAGACACAUACCAUUAUCCCAUGCGGUUACAGCAGAUCACCAGCCUCCUCCAUGAUGUCCACCGCCAUGAUGCCCACCAAAGCCUCCUCCGCCAUGAUGUCCGCCGUGAUGUCCUCCAUGAUGCCCACCUCCAAACCCAGGCCCUCCCAUACCUCCAUGAUGGCCAUGAUGGUGAUGGCCACCCAUUCCCAUGCCGAGUCCACCACCACCAUGAUGAUGAUGUCCUCCGUGAUGAUGAUGUCUUCCACUAAAUCCUCCCGGUCCCGAGUUAAACCCUCCCCCCAUGCCAGCACCAGGACCGAACUCGUGUUUUCGCGGCGGUGGAUAUCCGCCUCCGCCCAUUCCCAUACCGGGGUUCAUAUGAUGACGGCGAUUACCGCCACCGAGCAGGGAGAAGCAGGAGCCCAUGUUGCUUUUUGGUUGUACUUUCUUCGGUUCGUUUGUUAGGAGGUAAUAAUGUUGGGCAGUGAUUCAUAAAAGUUUCGUGAAGCAAUAUUAAUUGUAGGUCAAAGUAUAUCAGUCUAUCCAAUUUGGAGUAUAAGGCUGAAGCCAGUGGAGAUCCAUA